AUGUCCUUUUCUACUCCUAUAGGAACCUAUUCCCCCAACAGUAACGACGAACAGUCUUCCUACACUGUACAUGACACCAAACACCGAGAGGUCAUGUAUAGUGAACCAUUCGAUGCUGUUAAUGGACUAACAUUCCAAAAAUUCUUACGGCGUUACAAGGACACGUUACGAGUCUAUAAAGUUGUUGAUCCGUCAGAACAAGUGAAUACCCUAAUCUGUGGCUUAGACGGUGGUACAUUACAAACAGUAAUGAAUCUUAUAGAAACACCCCCAUCUGAAAGUAUCCCAAACUACACCAAAGACCCAGAGGCAAUCAUAGAGAUAUUACACCGUGAGUAUGUAGGGCCCCAUUUAGUAAACUUGGCGUUUAAACGGCUGCAAUACCUAAAUCAAGGUUCACGCUCAGUAGAUGAAUACACUGCAGAAUUUACAUCACUUUGUGAAAUCCUAGGUGACUCCAUUCCCGAUGCCAUGUAUGCCAAAUUCUAUAUCAACGGCUUACGCCCUGAACUGCAAGCUCGGAUCUAUGCAUUAGCGCCAGACUCAUCAUUGUCAGAAGCUACUCGUUUAGCGCACAUAUACACCAACUAUAUACCACCAACACUGCAACCACAACCUACCUUGGCACAACUGUAUGCCAGAGGCCCACCAUCACAACCAGUUCCAGCAGUCCAACCCAGUUCUAUCAACACCAGCCACAAGCGUUCACACAAUCCACCAGUAACAUUGAUUCAAAAUAUAUUAACCAGGUCCCAACCCAGACCACCUUUACUUCUACUGUAUAUAAUGAUGAAUUUAUGA